GUGAUGUUAACUACCUACUCAUUUAAUCUAUUUUUCUUAGGCUAUAAUGAAGUUACUAGUAAUAUUAUCACCGACGAAGAAGGGUAGAAUAUUUAUGGUAUAAUAAGCGACGGCGAGAUUGGUAGUAAAGUAGUAAAAGUUUUUCUUAAGGGGCAACAAGUCUAAAAGGUACUUAGAUUUGUGUGGAUGUUGUACUGUAUGAUCAUGUAUCCGCUAGACUAGCCUCAAUUGGACUUAGAGUCCGUCUGAUUUUAGCUUGAGGUCCGUCUGAUUUGCCGUCCCGGAUCUAAAGUAUGUUGUCCGCCACAAUGUCCUUCGAUUAUGCAGCUAAACCUCCCUCCUUAGAUAUCAUUUUGCUUUCAUCAUCGGUCCCAAAAGCGAGGAUAAAGAAAAGGUUCCCGGUAUGGAAUUUCAUAUCAAGAACUCGCCGGUAGGAGGUUGGCGAUACGUGGAAGAUGCUCUGCCGGAUGUGCAGACAUCAGUGCGUCUCCUCGUCCGAGUCCUUAUUGCCAAGAUCACCAACGAAUCUCAACUCAUCGAGGUCUUUCGAAAUACUCCGAUCUUCUACAAAGACCCGACCUUCAAUUGUAGAACGUGGGUUAUCGAUGCGUUGUCGCGGAUAUCAAAUAACCGCAAGGUCGUUGGUACGUCACAGCUGGAUUGGAAGAUGAUUGAGGAGCGGGCUCGCAGUUAUAUAGCAGUGAAGACUGUGGUUGGGAGGUUCGGUGCGGGUCAAGAUAUGACGAAGCCCAAGCCUACAUGGGAUUUGCUGAAAGAUAAAGAAAUUGUGCCUUGACCACACGGCCGUAUCCAUCCAGAAGGGCGAAGGCAAAUCUUCUGACGUCUAAAGUCUUAUGCUUAUCUGUAUAUCAGCUGGGCUACCAGUACUGUCCUGGUGGAACUUCAUCCACCUUGAUCACCGAAGCACAUGAAGUCUGAACUUUCAUCUAGAGAUGAGUGCAUCGGCAGCCUGAUGUGGUUGACAUGUGAUGAGUGUAUGAAUAUAAUAGACUACUGUACCUGAAUUUGACCCGUCAUCUUUGUUGUUUUCUCCAUUUUCGCUCCUUUUGAAAAGGGGUCGAGAAACUCUUGGACGACGGCGUCCUAGUGUAGAGAUUGCUAGUAGCAGACAGAAGCAAAAUCCCAAUAAGAGGGAUACCAAUCGGCCACUUCCCGAUCACGGUACAUCCUGCUGGCUACCAUCGUUUCGAAAUAUUUCCAGUCCAACUCAUUGUAGCCAGUGAAUCCGUGAGGAAAGUCUCAACUGAAAUCUUCCGCGAAACUAGGAAUGAAGACCCCCAAUCGUCUUGAAUGGCCAGGCCAUACGAGAAUCGCGUAAUGAGCCGUCGAUGCGACUUUCAACCUCACCCUAGGAGGGCGUUGAAGUGCUCUCAAUUCUUAUAGCAAAUAGCGUGGUUACACUAUAAUGCUCUUGCUAACUUUCUUGGUCAACAUUCACCGUACGGUACUAACAGAAUCCCCUUCAUCGGGCAACCUUGAAAGAAACAGUGAUGGAGUGAAUUGAAAUAAUAA